AUGUUGAUCGGAACUUGGAAUGUGAGGGGUUUGAAUCAACCCCUCAAACAAAAAGAAGUCUGGGACUUCGUUUGGAACAAUAAACUAUCUGUUAUUGCACUUCUGGAAACUAAAUUGUCGAUUGAGAAAGCUGACUUGUUCGUUAAAAACCGAAAGAAUGGAUGGAAGCUUGCAACCAACUUCCAUGAUACUGUUGGUGGAAGGAUUCUUGUUACAUGGAACCCAGCGCUAGUAGACUGCUCAAUCCUUGAGACUGGACCUCAACAUGUCCACUGUCUCAUUCUAUGCAAGAUUUCUCAGAAGAAGAUUCUUUGUACUUUUGUCUAUGGCCUCUUUUCUGUAGUUGCGAGAAGGCAAUUAUGGGAGAAGAUUGAAGCACUUGGACUAUUGAUUGUUGAACCAUGGGUAAUCUCAGGUGACUUUAAUACAGUGUUAUCACCAUCUGAAAGAAGGGGAGGAAACGAACCAACUAGAUAUGAGCUUCAGGAUUUGGAGAAUUGCUGUGCGAACAUGGAUCUAACGGACUGCCCUUCUACUGGAAAAUUUUUUACGUGGAGAAAUAGGUAUAUGGAAGCCAAGCUGGAUCGGGUACUGAUCAAUGAUAGAUGGGGAGCCAACGGGUUAACAUGCAUGGCAGACUUCAAGUUGUUGGCAUGCAAUUCAGAUCACUGUCCCGUAGUUAUAACUACGUCCAUUGCUAUAAGUGACGGAAAAAGGCCAUUCAAAUUUUUAAACAUGUGGCUCACACACCAGGACUUCAAAGUUACUCUUGAAAAUGUGUGGAGAGAGCAUGUGGAGGGAUCGAAGCAGUAUAUUCUGGCCAAGAAACUUAAGUCUCUUAAAGGACCUCUUCGCACUCUUAACAGAAAUGCGUUCAGCCACAUCUCGGAGAGAACCCGAGUCGCGAAAGAAGCCUACUCUGUUGCGCAAGAUGAGUUGGAUGUCCUAAACGCGAAUGAACAAGAGAGGGCUUAUGUUAAUGAUCUUCGGAAGAGGGCCUUGUUCUUGAUGGAGGCUGAAAGACGGUUCUUUGCGCAAAAAUUGAAUACAGUCCACUUGGUUGAGGCAGAUAAGGGAUCACACUAUUUUCAUAGCCUCAUAAAUAAAAGAAAUGCAGCGUCAACUCUAGCUGCAAUCCUUGAUCAAGAUGGGAACCUAACUACUUCACUCAAUCAAGUGGGCAGCUUGUUUGUAAAAUUUUUCUCUGAUUUAUUUGGCACCCCAAGAGAAAGGAAUGGAACGGACAAUACAUAUUUUGGCCAUGGCUCCAAUGUCUCUGCCGAUCAAGCUUUGAACCUUGUGGCCCCAAUCUCUAAAGAAGAAAUAAAGGAAGCUUUAUUCUCUAUGGGUAAUGACAAAGCUCCGGGGCCCGACGGGUACACUGCGCUUUCUUCAAAGUUAAUUGGAACCGGAUUGGUUCACUGGUCAUAG